AUGAGACUAAAUGCCAGCCUGGUUGUCGCCCUCGUUGCCGUCGUCGUUGUCGUCCUUGUUAUCGUCCUCGUUGCCGUCAUCGUUGUCGUGCUCGUUGCCGUCGUCCUUGUCGUCCUUGUUGUCGUCCUCGUUAUUGUUGUUGUCGUUCUCGUCACCGUAUUAGCUGCCGCAUACAGUGCCGCCCUCCACACCUCCCUCGCCGCGAUCUUCAGCGCCGUGCACGUUACGUUUCUUACCGCCCGCGUCGUCGUCUUACUGAUGGCUAAAUCAUCGCGAUCCUCACAGACUCAAAGAGCGGGGAUUUCUGUGGCUGAGGAUACAGCAAUAUUCGGCCUGGAUGACUCCCUCAGUACACAUCAGAAGAGGCUUCAAGCCGCCACGGCUUUUGCUACUCUUCGAGGGGGCAUAGAGCGAAACAAAACACUUUUAAGUACUCUUACUAAGCGUAAUGCUCAAAGAAGGCGACGCGAUUACUUCGAGACUAAUGCCAAAGAGCUUGUGCAAAGCGGCGAUGUGAGCCAGAUUUUGUCGCCUCUUGUCAAACUUUGCUCCUCUCACCCAGAAAGGCCUAUCGAUUGGCUUCUUUUGGCUUUGUACUCCUUGACAGAGACAUGUAUCACAAAUAUAAAGGAACAAGACCUCUUUGACGUCUUCGUCGAGUUGUUUCCGCGCGCUAUAGGGGAGUGUUCGAUUUUUCAAGAAACAAGGGAGAUGUUCAUCGAUGUCCUUCGAGGAAUUUGUCGCCAAGAUACCUCAAUUAUCGCUCAAAUGGUGGCAGGAGGAGCGGUUUUCCAAUUUGUGGCGGCCCGGGGCGACAAGCUUGAAGGUGUUCUGCCUGGCACCUCUCCUUUCCUGCAAGGCAUACACACCGGCCGUCAGUGGUGUUGGGAGAGGCAAAAGGACGCGGAAUCUCUAUCCUCGGAUGAAAUGCGGACGGGUGCUAUUUGUGCCAUGAUUCCCGACAACGAUCAAGCAGACAUCUCCUUUGUUCUGACAGUAGGAUACAAGGCAGGGUGGGAUAUCGUGCAGUAUUUGGAGUUUCGAUCUUCAGAGAUGGAAAGAUAG